GGGGGGCGCUACCCCCCCCCGUACCCAGCCGCUACUUACUCCCCCCACCUGCAACCUGCUGAUCACACAACUCUUCAAGGUGAACCCCCGCGACCGCCCCUCCGUCAGCUCCGUCCUCAGGCGGCCCUUCCUGGAGAAGCUCAUCAGCAAACACCUGGAGCCUCAGGUGAUGCAGGAGGAGUUCAGCCACACGGUGCUGCAUAGAGACAGAGCUGCACGUGAAACAGCCUCUCCAUCGAAGAGCUGCAGAACCACAGAACCAAAGAGCUGCAGAACCACAGAACCAAAGAGCUGCAGAACCACAGAACCAAAGAGCUGCAGAACCACAGAACCAAAGGUUCAACGGGCAGAAAGCAGUGGGACAGUACGAGCAGCACUACGCCCAGCUGGAGGCCUUCAGGAGGAGGGAUGCCCUUCCUCCUCCUCCUCCUCCUCCUCCUCCUCCUCCUCCUCCUCAGGAGAGAGAGAGGGAGCGAAGUGAAGAGCAAACUGUGGAACCGUUCCAGCUUGUGGCUGCAGCUCGUCAUGAAUACCUGCAGCGGCGACACGACGCCAACCAGUACAAGCUGCGAGCGGAGAAAACAGCUGGGGCUGCGUCCGUGUACAGCGGAGCGCCACAGGAAGCCCGGGGGUCCGCAACAGGAAGUGAAACACCUGGGACUCCAACAUGCUCCUGAGAACAGGAAGCAGGAGUACCUGCGUCAGCUGGAUGUCAUCAGGCAGCAGUAUCACCAGGAGAUGAGACAGAUGAAGCUGAGAGCUGAAGUUCAGCCUCAGCCACUCCUCAAACAAGGAACCUUUGUGCUGGAGAAACCCAGAGAGCCAGCUGCUCAGGACAUGGAGGCAGCUCUGAGGAACAUCAGAGAGGAGGGGAGGGAACUCAGAGACAAGAAAGGAAUCAUGUUUGAAAUACGGUUAGAUGAUGAAGAAGAGGAAGCAGAGGAGGAUCAAGCGGAGGAAGAGGGGGAGAAAGUGGGGGAUGAAAGAGAAAAGCAGCAGGAGGAGGAAGUGGACCCUCUGAACCGGACUCUGAGCUUCCAGGAGGGGGAGGAGCUGAAGCUCAGGGAUUGGUCAGAGGGGAGGAGGGGGUGGAGCCAGAGGGCUCCUCAGACUCUACUGGACGCCCUCGCCAACAUGGAGGUGAACUCCAUCCACAGCACGGCUGUCAUCGAGGAACCAGGUGAAGAGGCAGCAGGUCGCAGACAUUGGGUCGCUGCCCCCCCCUCCACACUGCUGAUCGCCCUCUCUCAGGCACAACUCUCAUCAUCCACUAUCAACUCUACUCUACUAGAAACUGCAGAUUCAGAGGAAGAGGAGGAGGAGGAGGAGGAGGAAGAGGAAGACUCUGAUGUGGAAAUGGAUGAAGAUGGUCUGGAGCCGCGGUCAGACGAUGACGACACGAACUUCGAGGAGUCUGAGGACGAGCUGAGGGAGGCGGUGGCCGACUCCAUGAACAAUUUGUUUGUGAUGGAGGACGAGGAGAAGUUAGAGGUGCAUGAUGGGGUGGAGGAGGAAGAAGAGGACUCUCAACAGAUCCAGCAGGCGGUCGGGGAUUCACCUGCAGACGCUGUUUCCUCCGAGCCUGAAGGAGGUGGUGGUCAGUCGGGCGAAAACACGACUUCAAACCAGCAGCAGACGAUCUGAGCUCUCACUACUCCUCAUUUCACUUCAAUUCAGAUAAAGCUGCCUCAAAUAAAUCACUGAUUCUCAGCUUGAGUUAGGAGCAGUGAGUGUAAUACUGUGCCUACGUGAAGAUUGAGGUACUUCAUUACAUUACAUGUUACUUGUUAGACGCUUUUAUCCAAAGCGACUUACAUACUCAAUACUGUGGGCAAUCCCCACUGGAGCACUUUGGGGUGAAGUGUCUCAGGGACACAACGACAUGCUGACUGCAGUGGGGUUUGAACCUGUGACCCCCUGAUCCCAACACCAACGCACUACCCACUGCGCCACACACCUCCACUUGUAUAUUUUCUUUUAUGCCAUUUGGUGUUUCUACUCCACUAAAAUUCGAAGGGAAAUAUUAUACUUUUUCCUUUACUACCUUCAGCGUUAGUUACUUUAAUGAGACUUCUGCAUAAAGAAACAAAUAAAUAAAUGUCUGAUGUAUUUCAAUACGAUACAAAUAUGAACAUUUGACUCGUUUUCGGUUAUUAUGAUUAAUUUAGUUUCGUGUUUUUGGAUUUAUUUUGGAUUUUCCUGCAUUGGUUACUUUUACUUUUAAUACUUUAACUUCAUUUUGCUGAUUACAACUACUUUGACUUUAGUAACAUGUUCAAUGCAGGACUUGUUACAGAGUAUUUCUACACUGUGGUACUUCAAUCAGGAGAGACUGGUUUUGAUGUAACUAUAUAUAUUUAGUGACAGAAAUACACAGAGGAAUGUAAUGAUGUUGUUAAGAAUAGAUUAAAAAUACAAAACUAUUUUAAUUAUAACUUCAUACAUUAAAUAAUAUCUUGGAGACUUUCAAUUAAGAAACUGUUAAUUAUAUAUUUUAUUAAGUGAUGUCAUGACGACCGGACAGGUGAAGACAAGUACAGCCCUCAGCUUCGACAACGGCAGAAAAGUCAUAUUUUAAAUGCCUGAUUGAUCUGUUUCAUAGUUACAUCCUGUCCUUUCCACCGUCUGUUUACCGUCUGCUGAUUGUUUGUCACGUCAUUAUUGUCUGCACCUGGUGUCAGUACAAAUAGGUCCAGCCAUUCACUGUCUCGUUGCCAGAUUGUCUUGAGUGUUAUGCCGAGCUCUCCUGCGUUUUCAUAUCAUCAUCCAGUUACAGUAAUAGUCAUAGUCCACGUUUAUAGAAAUAGAAAGAUCAGGUAGUAGGUAUUAAGUAUUUUUCUAGUGUUGGAUAGGUAAGCUUUAGUGUAGAUAUUUAUUGUCUGUAUUUUCUGGAUCUGCUGAUCCUGUGUUUUUGGAAUCACCGCAUAUCUGGAUCUUGUAUCAACAAAUCAAGUAAAGACUCUUUUUGUACUUGAAUCCUGUGUCUGCAUCCGUGCUUUUGGGUCCGCACUUUGUACAUCAGUGACAGAAUGUUCAGAAAAAAGUCAGAAUUUUCA